AUGACUGGAAAGGUGGUUUCAAGCGAGCAAGAGCAUCUUUUCUACAUCCGUGGAAGGCAACUGGUUCAAGCUGACAGGGUCAAUUCGGGAGGUGUAUUGAGGCGUUGGGUUUAUAUACGACAACAAGGCUCCAUUGGCGGAGGAGGAAGCAUUGUCACAGCUGCAAGGAGCCAAGCAAGUGAUGAAGAUUCAAGACGUUACAUAACCACAUGCGCAAAGAGCAAGAAUUCCACGUGA